AUGGAGGGACCCUUUGGCACAAUCAAACUCAUCAAACACGCGAAGCUAUGGAUUUUGGCGAAGGAACUAGGAAUCGAAGACCUAGCAAGCAUUCUUCUCGGUAUCAUGGAUAACACUGAACCUGGCGAAGAUACCGACAAAGGAAAUGCUCUGAAGGACUUCCAGGCUACGGUAUAUAUGGUACGUUACAGAGAACUGGAGGAUGUCGCUAUCUCGAAGACUCUAUCGGCUAUGAAUAACCAUAAUAUCAUCCGAACCCUAAAGAAUAUGCCAGAUGAGAUGCGAAGUGACUUUACAUUGGCUAUGAUGAAGGGCUGCGUUACUCUGACGGGCUGGAGUAAUGGGCUUGGCUUUGAAGGAGAGGACCUCAGUGGUCGCGAAUAUCGAGUUCGACGCCGCAAAGCAAAGCUAGGUGAUAAGAUCGAGGAAGCGCCUGGUGAGAAGAUUGCAUAUUGUUCGGAAAAUUUGAGUGAGAGUGGCUCGGAUGGGGAGAGUUUCCACCACUCUGAUGACGAGAUCAUUCCUGAGACAGAACUUCUUGAUCACGACGAGACGCUUGACAAUUACGUCAGAAUCGGUUAG